CCUCCACGCUGUGCACCUACGCGAAAGUGGAUCGUUUGGAAUGUAUAGCGGAUAGCACGGUUUUUUACUCGCGUGUAUCAUUCUGUAUUCUUCUUAUUCAACCGUACUAUUGUUUCACCCUAUAUAUUAAACUCGCGAUUUAAGCGACUAACGGAGUGGGAGUUCGAGGCUCGCUAAGUUCCCCCACUAUAUUCCAACCUGCGCGUCGCAGCUAUGGACUGUUAUGGACUCUGGUGAACUCGACAAUAUGUUACAUCGUAACGUGUAUACGAACAAGAAUGUUUGCGCACUACGAAGCGUGCAAGAACCAAUGAGGACUGUAAUGGACUGAAAUGCACAGCAUGAACGAAAACUCGGCCUCUGACAUACUUUCACAAAUAUGUUAUCUCGUAUAUUGUUUCGAAAUAGGAAAAUGAAAGAAAUUCGAAUCCACAAACUAAUGACAAACUCCUCCUAAUUUCACAUAGUGAUAGCGAUAUGGCUGUUCCUGGCCCAAGUUCAACUACUAAAACCUUGGAUGUAGACAAUGAAUCAGGCAGUGAUAGCGGUAUGGCUGUUUCUGGCUCAAGUUCAGCUACUAAAUCCUUGGAUGUAGACAAUGAAUCAGGCAAUGAUAGUGGUAUGGCUGUUUUUGGUCCAAGUUCAGCUAUUAAAAUCUUGGAUGUAGACAAUGAAUCAGGCAGCAUGUUUUCUGCGCCUCCUCCGAAAAAAACUUUUGCAAGGCAAAAAUUUCGAGAUGCUUGGUUGCAAGAUUCAAAAUUUGCAUCGUGGUUAAAAAAGUGCGACAAUCCAUAUAAAGCUAAGUGUGUCGUUUGCAACAGUACGUUCACAGCCGGAAAAAGUGACCUCCUUAAACAUAUGAAGACCAUUGUGCACACUAUAAGUAUGCAAAAGAGAGGACUAGAAGAAGAAGAUGCUACAACAGAAGAUGUACAGGUCAUCACUUUUCAGAACGAUAUUAAAAAAGCUGAAUUACGAUUCUGUUUGGACAUUAUUGAGCAUAGUCGAAGCUUCCAUUCGAUUGAACAUUUCGCUAACAUAAUUGCAGUACCUGAUUCGCCAAUAGGAAAAAACAUAUUUUUCAAAAGAACGAAAAUUAGCGCAAUAAUAAAAAAUGUUCUAAACAAAUAUAUUGUUUCUGAAAUGUCUAUAAUCUUACAGAACAAGGUAUUUUCUGUUAUAGUAGAUGAAAGUACUGAUAUUUCGGGAACAAAAAAUUUAUGUAUAUUAGUUAGAUAUGUGCACGAAGGACACAUACAAACAUAUUUGUUAGAUUAUUUGCGUGUCAUGGAUGAUACGGCAGAAAAUCUAUAUAAAUGCUUUCUGUGCUCAUUAGAAAAGCAUAACUUAUCUGUAACAAAUAUAGUUGGUAUCGGCGUUGAUAAUGCAAAUGUGAUGUUGGGUAGGCAGAACUUGUUAAUUUCUCAUUUAUUAGAAGAUAACGAGGAAGUUUCUGUCUUCCCAUGCACUUUUCACACUAUGCAUUUAAUUGCAUGUCAUGCAACGGAUUGCCUUCCACAUUAUAUUGAGCAGUUUCUUCAUGCAAUUCCAUCCUACUUUUCUAAAAGUUCAAAAAGGCAAACUGUGUUAGAAAACACCCAACAGUUAAUGAAAGCUGCACGAAAAAAAGUUAUUCAUCCUGCUAUAACUCGAUGGCUGGCAUUAUCAGAAUGCAUCGAAGUUGUGCUAGAUCAAUGGACAGUUUUGUUUACUGUGUUUGCAGAGGCCGUCAUUGAGGAUAAAUCGAACACUACCAUCAGAAUUUUCGAUUGCUUCAACUGUCUUUACACGAAGGCAUAUCUGCAGUUUCUAAAUUACAUAUUACAAAUAUUCACCCAUUUUAAUACAACUUUUCAGUCAUCCAUAAUUUUGGUACAUCGCUUGAUAGGAGAGUGUGUUCGAUUUUUGAGGCUUUUGGGGAGUAAUUUCUUGCAACCACAGUGUGUCGAAACAAAUGUGCAAAACGCCAACAUUUAUGACGAAAACAAUUUGCUUCCUCUUGAAGACAUUUUCAUUGGUAGUGAAGCUGCCAUCACAAUAAACGAAAUCAGAAACAUGAAUUGCGCAGACAGUAAUGACAAAAUUGUUGAAUUUUAUAGAAAUAUUAGAAAAUUCUACCAGUGUUCUUUUGAAAAUGCGGUAAAGAGAUUUCCAUUGAAGGAACAAUUUUUAUAUUCAUUAGAGUUCUUGGAUCCGGUAGUAACCUUGGACCUAACAAAGCAUAAGAAUCAGAUAGAUUGUAUUAUAAAUAAAUUUAAGUCUAAAUUUCGGAGCACUCGUGUGGCAAAUGAAUGGCGUUUAAUGCCGUUUUAUUUUUCACAAGAAGAAAAGCAAAAAUUGUUAAAAUUAGACAUUCCACGAUUUUGGAAUUCAGUCAGCAAGAUCACCGAUUCUGUUGGCAACCAAAUUUUUUACAAUAUUUCAAGUGUAGCACAUUUAUGUUUGACGUUACCACACUCGAACGCCGAUGUAGAGAGAUUUUUUUCACUAGUCACAAAAAUUAAAACGAAAGAAAGAAACAGAUUAAAACCUGCCAUGAUAAGUGCAGUUAUGCGAAUCAAAUUACAUUUAAAAAAUAAAAAUAAAAAUUGCGUUACAUAUGAAAUUCCUGACGGAAUGUUGGAAUUGUACAAUUCAAACAUGUAUCGUUCAACAUAAAUUGUACUACAAGAUGUCACUGGCAUUUUACUACCAGAUAAAACUGAUCAGAGUUACAGUAACCUUACAGACAAUUAAUGUAAAUUUAAGUCUGUACACAUGUAAUAUAAUUUUGUAUAUAUCGUUAGUAUAUUUUUACAUAUGUUUGUAUUUAUGUGUAUAGUAUUCAAUUCUAUGCAUACAGUGUGUAUUUACAUAUGUACAUACACUAUAUUAUACAUACAUACAUAUGUAUAUAUGUAUGUUGGUAUGUAUGUAUAUGUGUAAGUAAGUAUGUACCAAUAGUACCUCUUCUAAUUUGCUUGAAAAUCAAACCGUAUGGACAUCACAGCUUUUUAACACACAUCAUAUUUUAUUUGUUACUUCUUAUUUUUGUAUAAAAAGGAAACCAAAUUUUGGCAAAUAUUUAACCCCCUGGCUGUGAAUGACGCGUACAUAUACAUACUCGUCAUGUGAAAAAAAUAAUUACCAUUUAUCAUUUAAAUUAAAAUUUCUGUGAAAAAUAAAACGUAUUUGUAAAUUUAA